CUGAAAAAAUAGAAUUGCAUUAAAUUAAAAAUAACAUUACAAACCAUUGCACUUGCCAAAUUAUGUCUAUGAGUGUAACCUUAACCAGCGCAAUAGUCUAGAGUGCGUUAGUAUUGAAAUAUUACAUUUCCUCUCAAAAUGGAGAUCCUAGAAAGAAUUUAUCGUAACAUUCGAGGGCAGCUUGGCAACCUGCCGGCUACAGUGCCUAAAGCUGUGGAUUAUGUUAAUAAGUCAGUUCAAAAAGUGAAAAUACCACCAUUCACAAGGGACAAUGUGUUGUACUACUAUUUACCGAUGCAAGGUCUGGUCAGUUAUACAACACUAUCAAUAUCUGUGAUGAACCCUCAUUUAAUGGUCAGGUUAUUUCCACGUCGAGAUGUCACUGACCUGUUGUUCCUAUCAGCUGGCGGUGGAGCAGGGCUGUGGCUUUGGGCUCGACCCCACAUGGCAGCAGCAGUGCCAGCUAGAAGGUUCUCUUGGGCAUUCCUCGGGGGCUGUCUCUGGCCACUUGGAUCAAUAUUCUUGUGGGCUAUUCUGAGAAGCUCAGUAGGACAGAGGCCAGUCAUUGGCACUUUCCUGGGAGUGACCACUGGAGCAAUGCUUACCAAUAUUGCGCUUGACUACUUCCACUAUGUAGAGCUAAUGUUCUGUGGGGAGGUCCACCUUCCUGAUGAAGUGUACAGCCCUAAUAGUGAUGACGAGAAAUAUGACAUUGAUAUCUAAGAAGUGAAGUCAUCUGUGUCAAUGUAUAAAUGAUGUAUAUAGUGUCAAUGUUAGGGUUGAGCUGUUAAAUCAGAUAUCAAGAUAAAGUAUAGAAGCUAUUCUAGUUGAGAGGAGUUCUCAAUUAUUUUGAUAGCUGAUUUCACUUCAACCCUCCAUGUGUGUGUGCACUGAAUAGAUUAAGCUUUUGCCAUAAGAAGAAUCUUUUUGGCAGCAUAUUAAACUGUAGCUCACUUCUGGGUAUUUCCUAAGUGUUGCACAAUUAACUUGGUUCAAUGCAUUCAUUUAUUUAAUCAUUCUCUUCUAGUAAUAGAGUAGUAAAACUUUUUCACCAAUUAUGUUUGGAUGUUUUGGAAUUCUUAACAUACCUUCUUGACAUUGUUUAAUGUUUCUGUUAAAUUUAUUUGUAAAUUCAUUUCGUCAUACACUUUCAAUUUCAAGAAUUCUAGUCUUACAAGAACACUUGUGCUUGUUUGUUAUGUAUUUAAUUUUUUGUUAUAAUUCUAAGUCCUAAACUAUAAGAAAUAUAGUAUCGAAAGACAUGUAUUUUUUUGUAGCUGGUAUACAAAGUGAAUUUAUCAUGGUAGCAAUAUUUUAAGAUUUUGUCAACAUGCUUCUAAUAAACUGUUAUGGUUCUAAUAA